AUGAGUCGAAAUUUCAUUCCGGCCGUUCUGGCAAUUGGAAUGGGUGUUUUCACAGGAUACUACACCUUCCAGCCUGCAUUGAAAGACCUAGAGCAUGAGAAAAACUUUUCAAAAGAUGACCUGAAACCCAGACAGCAGGAGCAAUCAACAGAAAAGAAAGAAGCACCAGCCCCUAUGCCAUCUGACCUCGUGAAUUACUCCAAUAAUUCCGGCAAAUAG